CCAAGUGCGUCCGUUUCAGACUUGCGCGAUGGACAUUGUCGGCAAGAUCGGAGCGUACUUUGCCAACCAUGAGGCGCAAAUGCGACUCGUGAUGCAGCACACACGGGAUCGCCAGCGCGUCCCCACGCCGGAGCUGCACGACGACCCGAUUGACCGUGCGUCGCGGCUUCUCGACAAGUGCCUCGACUCGUUCGAAGCUUCGGUGGCCGCCCCAUUGUCGGCACGAUCACCGCUCGCAUCGCCACGCGACGCCUGUUCACUCGCGCCACCGCGCCCCGAGACAACACCUCGUAAACCCAAGCGCCUCAAGCGCAAGAAACCAAAAGUUCCAUCGGCGGCCAAGGCCGCCGAGCUCGCGGCCAUCAAGCAAAAGCUCGUGGACGACGCCAUUUCCGUGACCAAAGAACGCGCGCGGAAAAUUCAAAUGGACAAGGAGAUGCGUUUGAAGGCCGAAGCCGCGCUGGCCGCAGAACAGCAGGCGCGCCGCGAGGCGCAGCUGCUGCAAAUUGAGUCCAUUCGGCGACAAGCGUUCCGACCCGUGCUGGCGCCGGCGUCACCCAACCAGGCAACCGCCAAGCACAAUCGCAGCGCAAGCCUCUCGCACUUGGCAGCCUCCAUGCCCCCGCCCAACCACCCGCCGUCCGAGGCGAUCCGACCGACAACACCGUCGCCCCGUAUUGAUCCCAUGACCAAGUUUGGGCCAAUCCAGGACCAUGUGCCGAGUGCGAUGCCAUUUCUCGAUCGGCUCGAGCACAUGGAGAAAUACCGCGCAACGAAAGCAUCCGAGGCGGCAAUCGAGGCGAAGCACCGCGCCGACGUGGCGGCGGCGCAGGCCGCAGAGCAGCGCCGCAUGGACCUGGCGUGCGACGCCAAAGCGCAGCAAAACCUCGACUUGGAUCGCCAGCGACUGGCGCUGGAAGCCCAGAAAAAGGCGCUCGAAGCCUCGCUGCAAGCCUUGCACACGGAGUCGUCGCAGCUGCGGUCGGAGCGCCACAAAAUUGCGAUGGAGCGGCGCGUGGCCCGGCGGGCGGCGGUCAACAAGUCCAACAACAGUGAUGACGUCCCUGCGUCCUCCUCGGACCUCCAAGGGUGGGUGCAGGACGAGACGGACCGGGCAAAUCAAGCCGCCAAAGCGAGGGCCGAGGCCAAGCGCCGUGUGCAGAUGCGCCGUGCUCCACCCGCCAGUGCCGGCCCCGAGACCGUCGACGACACCACCGCUUCAUCGACGCCCCGGCAAUGGCGUGUAAGUCCGCUACCCCAGCCGCGAUGGGACGCAGCGUUUUUCGGCUACAGCAGUGGCUCCGACACCGAGUAA